UGUCCUUCUCCUGUAUAAAAACUCCGGGGCAGGUCAGAUCGUGCACACAGCACCGUAAAUCAAUGCCACCUCCUCCCAGUGCAUCUGGAAGAGCCAGAGAGGAUGGGACUGUUUCAGUGCCUGGUCCUCUUCUCCCUCUACAGCGCUGCAGCUGCUUCCGAGGACUGGUGCUACCCAUCCCAGAAGUGUCUUAACCCAGGAUGUAAAGAGCCCCGCAGGUGGGUGGAUUUGUACCCAGGCUGCGGAGGGAAGAAGCAGUCCCCCAUCAACAUUGUCACCAACAAAGUGGAAAUCGACUGGAACCUCCAGCCAUUUGAGUUCGUCAGCUACCAAGACAAGCAGCCAACGAACUGGAACAUAACCAACACCGGCCAUUCAGUCCAAGUGAACCUGGAUAGCUCUGCCAAGAUCACAGCAGGGAGCCUCGGGGGUCAGUACAAGGCGGUCCAGCUUCACUUCCACUGGGGCCGGGGGACCAACAAAAGCUAUGACAUGGAGCCCGGAUCGGAGCACACCAUUGACGGAGAGCGAUAUGCCAUGGAGCUUCACAUCGUCCACAUAAAGGAGGAAUACCCAAAUAUAACAGAAGCCAUCCCAAAGAACGGAGUGGCAGUGCUGGGAUUCUUUGUAGAGAUUGGCGAGGAGAACAAGAAUUAUAUUCCUUUAAUUUCAAAGUUAAAAGCGGUUCCCUCCCCGGGAGAUGAAGACCAGAUGACACCUUUGCCCCUGUCUUCUCUCAUCCCUCCAAAGGAGCAGCUUGACAAAUACUAUCGAUACACCGGCUCUCUGACGACCCCUGGCUGCAAUGAGGAUGUCAUCUGGACCUUAUUUGAGGAGCCCAUUAAACUUGGCUUGGCACAGGUACAAGAAUUCUGGAUGAAGCUCUACUUUAACCAGACCGCCAGCUUGCCAAUGGAGGAUAACUUUCGGCCGGCUCAGCCCCUGGGUGACCGAACGGUCUACAAGUCAGACUCAAUUGCCCUCGUAUCUCCAGCAAAGACGUUGCUGCUGCUCCCGGCAGCCACCUACCUCUUGCUUUCUUGUACGCAAUGAAGAAGUCGAUUUCCCCAAGGCACCAGUCUUGAAAAUAGAUGGCAGGACGCCUGCCCAUACACUUACAGACACGCUUGAGAAUGGAAGUCUUCUCUAG